AUGACGCCUUCCCCAUCUGCUGAUUACUUCGAGCUGGAGGCUGGGGUUGGUGGGAGCAGUUGGCAUGUGGGCCAGUCUGCCAUACACACGGCUGUCCACGUGCCUGUGCCCUUCGAGAGGGAAGUGUCUCCUGUUCCCCAGGCCUUAAACCUGGCCUACUCCAGCAUUUAUGGCAGCUACCGGAACUUCGUGGGGCCACCACACUUCCAAGUCAUCUGCCGGCUGUUAGGCUACCAGGGCAUUGCAGUGGUCAUGGAGGAGCUGCUGAAGGUUGUCAAGAGCCUGCUGCAAGGCACAAUCCUGCAGUACGUGAAGACGCUGAUGGAGGUGAUGCCCAAGAUCUGCCGCCUGCCCCGGCAUGAGUAUGGCUCUCCUGGCAUCCUGGAGUUUUUCCACCACCAGCUGAAGGACAUCGUGGAAUAUGCAGAACUGAAGACAGUGUGUUUCCAGAACCUGCGGGAGGUGGGGAACGCUGUUCUCUUCUGCUUGCUCAUUGAGCAGAGCCUGUCUUUGGAAGAAGUGUGUGACCUGUUGCAUGCAGCUCCUUUCCAGAACAUUUUGCCGCGAGUCCAUGUAAAAGAGGGGGAGAGACUUGAUGCCAAAAUGAAAAGACUGGAGUCCAAGUAUGCCCCGCUACAUCUUGUCCCAUUAAUUGAAAGGCUGGGGACCCCACAGCAAAUUGCAAUUGCAAGAGAGGGGGACUUGCUCACCAAGGAGCGGCUGUGCUGUGGCCUGUCUAUGUUUGAAGUCAUCCUGACACGAAUACGGACCUUUCUGGAUGACCCCAUCUGGCGUGGGCCUCUGCCCAGCAAUGGGGUUAUGCAUGUGGAUGAGUGUGUGGAAUUUCACAGGCUGUGGAGUGCCAUGCAGUUUGUCUACUGCAUUCCUGUGGGGACACACGAGUUUACGGUGGAGCAGUGUUUUGGCGAUGGGCUCCACUGGGCUGGCUGCAUGAUCAUCGUACUUCUUGGCCAGCAGCGGCGGUUUGCGGUGUUGGAUUUCUGCUAUCAUCUACUAAAGGUCCAGAAACAUGAUGGCAAAGAUGAGAUUAUCAAAAAUGUGCCUUUGAAGAAGAUGGUGGAAAGGAUUCGCAAGUUCCAGAUUCUUAAUGAUGAGAUCAUCACUAUCCUGGACAAAUACCUGAAGUCAGGUGACGGGGAGAGCACUCCUGUGGAGCACGUGCGCUGCUUCCAGCCACCCAUCCACCAGUCUCUGGCCAGCAGCUGAGGAAAGGACCAAGCUCACAGCAUUUAGUAACUCUGAUGGCAUGUUUAUCUUUCCAAAACUAUUUAGCAAGAUUUUUAGGGACUGUUUUUCAGUAUCUCUCUACCUGUUCAAGGAGGUGCUUUUUGAUCUAAGAGCUUUUAUAAAAUUGACUUAUUUUUCUAGACUAAACUUGUAUAUGCUUUUGGUAAUUAGAAGUCUUGAGAUUGGCUGCUGGUGAUUGUUUGCCUUCAUAUUCUUAAUAAAAUUAUUUUCAUUUUCAUAAGGAAUGUUCCCUGCAGCUAGCUAUGUCAUAAGAUGCUGCUGAGUUCAUUCCUUUAUCCCUUAAAACUUAAUACCAGCUAACUGUACUAAAAUCCUGUACCCAUUACUAUUAAACUUAGUAGCUAUUUAGCUUUUAUUUAGGGUUUUUUCUGAUGGUCUUUUAUGAACAGUCUAAGUCAUUGUCUCUGUCCCUCUGUGUUUUAGAACAUAAUGAACUUGAUUCCUCUGCUUCCACUAAAUUCAAUUGUGACAAAAUCUAACUUGUGAGGGAUGAAUUAAAGGUUAGAGAAAUAAAACCAGUGAAACCUAUUUGUAUUCAUUUAUUUACUACAACUUAUCCUGGUUGGCUUCAGCAGGGUGCCUUCUCCAAUUAUUUAGGUUCAGACUGGGUUCAAGUCAGGAUCUGUGUUGCCCCCAGGAUUCUGAGGUGGAACAAGAUCAUGAUAUCUUAAAAGAUGCUAUGCUUUUCACCAGCACACACAUUUUAUAUUUAGGCUUCAGCAAGGAUGAAAUGAAAACCAGGCCAAUGAGAACAAAACAAAUGGCUGUGUUGGCUGUUCCAUUCUGGAUGUGAAGGAGGGACACUAAGUGCCUUUAUGUUAUGUGCUCCCAUGAACCAUGGCCAGCAGUUUGGGGAGACUGGCCUGGGACAGUAUGCAAUGCACAAAAAUGACUGAGGAGAACUUGAGUCCUGUCCAUAACAGCCCUGCAAUGUCUUUCCCAACUGCUGGGUGAGUUAUGAGGCUGGAGUUGGUCAGAUUUGGUUACUACUAGACUUACCAAAAGAGAUAAAAUGGUUAAGAAUGAAGAGCCAGGUAUGUGGCAUGCACCUGUAUCCCCAGCUACACAGGGGCUGAAGCGGGAGGAUCACUUGAGUCCAGGCAAUCAAGGCCAGCCAGGCCAACAUAGAAACUUCAUCUCAAUAAAAAAUAAUAAUUGUGUUACUAGGCUGGGGAACAACUAAGUCAGGGAGUCAAGAAUGAUAUAGAAAAUAAAGUGUAUGAACUAAUAAUAAAUAGUAUGAACUAUUCUGUUGUACUAUUAACCUGAGUUACAUGAUG